CCAGCAUCUCCACACUUUGUGUUGAGCUGUUGAACAAUGGCUGGAAGUUGGUGUUUGUUUCAGAUUUUGGCAGUUUGUGCUUUCUGUCAUGCUGUUCCACAGUGGAGUGAUCUGCCUCAGAACCUUCAAGCCCUGAUGAUCCAGCAAACUGACCAGCAGUUUCAGCUGCAGAAGCCAGCUCAACAAACUAGCCAGCAGUUUCAGCCGCAGAAGCCAGCUCAACAAACUAGCCAGCAGUUUCAGCCGCAGAAGCCAGCUCAACAAAUUAGCCCGCAGUUUUGGCCGCAGAAGCCAGCUCAACAAAUUAGCCCGCAGUUUUGGCCGCAGAAGCCAGCUCAACAAACUAGCCCGCAGUUUCAGCCGCAGAAGCCAGCUCAACAAACUAGCCAGCAGUUUCAGCCGCAGAAGCCAGCUCAACAAACUAGCCCGCAGUUUUGGCCGCAGAAGCCAGCUCAACAAACUAGCCCGCUGUUUUGGCCGCAGAAGCCAGCUCAACAAACUAGCCAGCAGUUUCAGCCGCAGAAGCCAGCUCAAACUAGCCAGCAGUUUCAGCCGCAGAAGCCAGCUCAAACUAGCCCCCAGUUUUGGCCGCAGAAGCCAGCUCAACAAACUAGCCAGCAGUUUCAGCCGCAGAAGCCAGCUCAACAAACUAGCCAGCAGUUUUGGCCGCAGAAGCCAGCUCAACAAACUAGCCCGCAGUUUUGGCCGCAGAAGCCAGCUCAACAAACUAGCCAGCAGUUUUGGCCGCAGAAGCCAGCUCAACAAACUAGCCAGCAGUUUCAGCCGCAGAAGCCAGCUCAACAAACUAGCCAGCAGUUUCAGCCGCAGAAGCCAGCUCAACAAACUAGCCAGCAGUUUCAGCCGCAGAAGCCAGCUCAACAAACUAGCCCGCAGUUUUGGCCGCAGAAGCCAGCUCAACAAACUAGCCCGCAGUUUUGGCCUCAGAAGCCAGCUCAACAAACUAGCCAGCAGUUUCAGCCGCAGAAGCCAGCUCAACAAACUAGCCAGCAGUUUCAGCCGCAGAAGCCAGCUCAAACUAGCCCGCAGUUUUGGCCGCAGAAGCCAGCUCAACAAACUAGCCAGCAGUUUCAGCCGCAGAAGCCAGCUCAACAAACUAGCCAGCAGUUUUGGCCGCAGAAGCCAGCUCAACAAACUAGCCCGCAGUUUUGGCCGCAGAAGCCAGCUCAACAAACUAGCCCGCAGUUUUGGCUGCAGAAGCCAGCUCAACAAACUAGCCCGCAGUUUUGGCCGCAGAAGCCAGAAGCUCAACAAACUAGCCCGCAGUUUUGGCCGCAGAAGCCAGCUCAACAAACUAGCCAGCAGUUUCAGAAGCCAGUGGUGCAGGCAGAGCCCCUUGAUAAAUGUGCUGUAGCUGAUAAUGAGCAGAUCAAAUGUGGACAACCUGGGAUCAGUGGUGCUGAGUGUGAAGCUAUCAACUGCUGCUUUAACGGACAGCAGUGUUUCUAUGGGAAGGCAGUGACUGUCCAGUGUAUUAGAGAUGGUCAGUUUGUGGUAGUGGUGGCUAGAGAUGUUACUUUGCCACGACUGAGUCUGGAUUCGGUACGUCUACUGGGUGGAAAUGACCCACCUUGUGCUCCUGUGGCGUCCACACCUUCCUUUGCAAUAUACCAGUUCCCUGUGACUGCAUGCGGCACGAGUGUGAUGGAGGACAGUGGAUAUGUGGUGUAUGAAAACAGAAUGACCUCAUCGUAUGAAGUGGGGAUUGGACCAUAUGGUUCCAUCACAAGGGACAGUCAUUUUGAGUUUCUCUUCCAGUGUAGGUACUCUGGAACUUCUGUGGAAGCUCUAGUUGUGGAGGUCAACUCUAUUCCUCCACCUCCACCAGUAGCUGCUCCUGGACCUCUCAGGGUGGAGCUCAGACUGGCCAAUGGCCAAUGUGUCACCAAAGGCUGUGCUGAAGGGGAUGAGGCCUACACGUCCUACUACAGUGAUACUGAUUAUCCCGUCACAAAAGUCCUGCGGGAGCCUCUGUAUGUUGAGGUGCGCAUUAUAGAGAGGACUGACCCCAACAUUGCCCUGAUGCUGGGACAUUGUUGGGCAACUUCAACCCCCAGUCCACUCGGUCUCCCCCAGUGGGACCUUCUGAUCAAUGGAUGCCCUUACCAGGAUGACCGUUACCUGACCACACUGGUUCCAGUGACCGGAUCAUCUGGUCUUCAGUUCCCAACCCACUACAAGCGCUUUGUUGUGAAGAUGUUCACAUUUGUAGAUCCAGCCUCACUGGCUGCUCUGCAGGAAACUAUCUUCAUCCACUGCAGUACAGAAGUGUGCCAUCCAUCAUCUGGCUCUUGUGAGCAAAGCUGCGCCAGGAAACGUAGAGACACUACUAUCAAGGCUGUCUCUGAGCAGACUGUGGUUUCUAGUGGAGAAGUUACUCUGGUCAUGUAAAUCUAGUUUUAAAUAAACUUUACAGAACCCUGA